AUGGAUGGGCUGUGCAAGGGUGAAGAGAGGGAGGAGAGAUCCCUCUCCUCAGAUGCUUUCCUUCUAAACAAGGCUGAGGGCGGUCUAACUGCCCUGGGCAGGGAGACGGACGGAGCACAAAUUGAAGUGAUACCAUGCAAAAUUUGUGGUGAUAAAUCCUCUGGAAUACACUAUGGAGUCAUCACAUGUGAAGGCUGCAAGGGAUUCUUUCGGAGGAGUCAGCAGAACAAUGCAUCCUACUCCUGUCCAAGACAGAGAAACUGUUUAAUUGACAGAACCAACAGAAAUCGUUGCCAACACUGCCGACUGCAGAAAUGUCUUGCCCUGGGAAUGUCUCGAGAUGCUGUGAAAUUUGGAAGAAUGUCCAAAAAGCAGAGGGAUAGCUUGUAUGCUGAAGUGCAGAAGCACCAGCAGCGACUGCAGGAACAGCGGCAGCAGCAGAGUGGCGAGGCAGAAGCCCUCGCCAGGGUUUACAGCAGCAGCAUCAGCAAUGGCUUGAACAAUCUGAAUAACGAAACCGGCAGCACCUACUCAAACGGGCAUGUCAUCGAUCUGCCGAAGUCUGAGGGCUAUUAUAGCGUGGAUUCUGCCCAGCCCUCCCCAGACCAGUCGGGGUUAGACAUGACUGGAAUCAAACAGAUAAAGCAGGAACCUAUCUAUGACCUCACCUCUGUACCAAACUUGUUUACCUAUAGCUCUUUCAACAACGGGCAAUUAGCUCCAGGGAUAUCCAUGAGUGAAAUCGGCCUGUAUGAAGGUACCCAAUGGCUUGGAGAAUGGCUUACAUUCCUACCAGAAUUAAAGAAAGAUCGAAUUGCACAGAAUAUCAUUAAAUCUCAUUUGGAGACAUGUCAGUAUACAAUGGAGGAAUUACAUCAGCUAGCAUGGCAGACCCACACAUAUGAAGAAAUAAAGGUUUACCAGAGCAAGACGAGAGAAGCUCUGUGGCAGCAGUGUGCCAUUCAGAUCACCCAUGCUAUCCAGUACGUGGUGGAGUUUGCAAAGCGCAUUACAGGCUUCAUGGAGCUCUGCCAGAAUGACCAAAUUCUCCUUCUUAAGUCAGGCUGCUUGGAAGUGGUUUUGGUGAGAAUGUGCCGUGCCUUCAACCCACUUAACAAUACUGUUCUGUUUGAAGGAAAGUAUGGAGGGAUGCAAAUGUUUAAAGCUUUGGGUUCUGAUGAUCUGGUAAAUGAAGCAUUUGACUUUGCAAAGAAUUUGUGUUCCUUACAGCUGACUGAGGAGGAGAUUGCCUUGUUUUCAUCUGCUGUUCUGAUAUCACCAGAUCGAGCCUGGUUAAUAGAGCCAAGGAAGGUCCAGAAGCUUCAGGAAAAGAUUUACUUUGCACUUCAACAUGUUAUUCAGAAGAACCACCUCGAUGAGGAGACAUUGACAAAGUUAAUAGCCAAGAUACCAACAAUUACUGCACUUUGCAACUUGCACGGAGAGAAACUGCAGAUGCAAAAAGCAGAACUGCAAAUGAAUCAUGACGUACUGGGUAAAAAUCUGGCUCCAUUGAAACCAGCGGCAAACCCUUCACUGAUUUCAACAGUGCCAGGAGUUCAUCCAGCAUUUUUACAUCUGCAAUUCUCUUCUGAUCUUUCUCCCUUGUUUAAUAUAAUUGACCUUAUUUAUGUGUAUGUGAGUAAAAAGACAGCCUGAUUCAUUUAGAAAGUGACCAUUGAGGGUUUUUUAUCAUGAAUCUUGUAGGACCAGCAUACUUGUCAAAUGAAAAGGUUCUAUAUUACUUUAGAAUGUAAUAGAUCUUUGUCUUAUUUUAUGACCUGUAAAUUAUUAGUUAAACACUGUUAGCAUUUCAUAAUAAUGCACACAUGAUUUUUGAAUGUUUUCUGUAAAUGACAAUCAAUGUUGAUGAAGUUCCUUUCUUUAAUGCAAAAUUAAAAAAAAAAAC